AGUCUCGAAAAGUACUCGCAAAGAGGAACACUCUUCUUCUGUGAUGUAUCUUUUCCAGUCCAGACUAAUCUCUUUUUUCACAGAUCAGAUCAACUCAUUUGAACGAAGUGAAGCGCUGUCAUGAAUACUGAAGUGCUGGUUGUGAUUUUCCUGUUUCAAAUGUAUGGUCAAAGUUUGUGCCAAAAUGGAACCAGACCCAACAUUGUAAUGGUUAUGAGUGAUGCAUUUGAUGGACGAUUGACCUUUGAUCCUGGCAGCAAAGUUGUGCAGCUGCCAUAUGUAAACUACCUCAGGCAGCUUGGUACCACGUUCCUCAAUGCUUACACUAAUUCACCCAUCUGCUGCCCGUCGAGAGCGGCAAUGUGGAGUGGAAAGUUUGUUCACCUCACUCAGUCAUGGAACAACUAUAAGUGCCUCGAUGCAAAUGCAACGACAUGGAUGGAUUUGCUGGAGGCGAACGGAUAUAUUACCAAGUCGAUGGGGAAGCUGGACUACACCUCAGGUAGUCACUCUGUCAGUAAUCGAGUUGAGGCCUGGACACGAGAUGUUCAGUUCCUCCAGCGCCAAGAGGGCCGGCCUGUUUCGCAGCUCACUGGGAACGUGUCCACAGUAAGGAUCAUGAGAAAAGACUGGGAAAACACAGACAAGGCGACACAGUGGAUCCGCCAGAGAGCUGCAUCCUCGCAUCAAUCCUUCGCUCUUUAUCUCGGCCUCAAUUUACCUCAUCCCUAUAAAACUGAAUCCCUAGGGCCCACUGCAGGAGGAUCCACCUUCCUUACCUCGCCGUACUGGCUUAAAAAGGUGUUUUCUGAUCUCAUCACUGUUCCUAAGUGGCUGCCUGUCGCUGCCAUGCACCCCGUCGACUACUACUCCACCUUCACCAAAAACUGCAGCGGUGAUUUCACUGAGGAGGAAAUCAAAAGCAUAAGAGCCUUUUAUUAUGCCAUGUGUGCGGAAGCAGACGCCAUGCUGGGCCAGGUGAUUUCAGCUCUGAGAGAGACUGGCCUGCUCAACAACACUGUUGUGAUCUUCACGGCCGACCAUGGAGAACUCGCCAUGGAGCACCGGCAGUUCUACAAGAUGUCGAUGUUUGAAGGCAGUUCUCAUGUUCCUCUGUUGAUCAUGGGGCCCGGGAUAAUGUCUGGCCUGCAGCUCGACCAGCUUGUGUCUUUGGUUGAUCUCUAUCCCACUGUCCUAGAAAUUGCUGGAAUUUCAGUACUAGGUAAUCUCAGCGGCCACUCGCUCCUUCCUCUGCUAUCCAAGGCCAGCACUUUCUCCCAGAAGCAACAUCCAGACUGGGUUCUGGGUGAAUAUCAUGGUUGUAAUGUCAAUGCCUCUACAUACAUGCUGAGAAGUGGCCGGUGGAAAUAUAUUGCCUACGCAGAUGGCGUGAGUGUCCCUCCACAGCUUUUUGAUUUAACACUGGACAAGGAAGAACUUCAUAAUAUGGUUCUCAGAUUCCCAGAUGUGCAGGCGCAUCUGGACAAGCUCUUGCGUAGUAUCAUAGACUAUCCAAAAGUCUCUACAGAUGUCCAUCUCUACAAUAAAAAAACAUUCUCUGCCUGGCGCCAGAGUUUGGGAGGGAACUACAGCCAGGUCAUUGCUAACCUCAGGUGGCAUGUGGAUUGGCAAAAAGAUCCAUUAGCCAAUGAGAAAGCGAUUGACAAGUGGCUCUACGGCUCUUUGUGAAAUUCUUUAUUAUGGUAAUGAUGGUUCACUUUAAGGUGUUUUUCAAUGAGCUGGACUCACACUGAUUAAACAUGACUUUUACUCACAUCUUUGACAAUAAUGGGUGGCUUUAUGGCUCUUAAAUAUAUUUAUACUGUAACUGCUAUAAUUAUGGAUAAUCUAAGAGGACCCAUUUUAAUGUCCUAGACUUACACUUUGACUAAAUCCGGACUUUUAAAUGUCACUUCUGUGACUUAUCAUUUUGCACUUACUUUCAUUGGGAUUUAAAUCUAAAAAGGCUCUUUAAUUGUAUUUACAAGUAUUUUUAUAAUGUGUUUCUUUUGCACUUUGGAUGUUUUAUGUAGAUGACUUUGAAAUGCUUUUUUGCUGAAAUGUGCCAUAAAUAAACUUCCCUUGCCAA